AAUGGUGAAGUUGCAAUUUAAUUUCGGCAUCACAUAUUGCAGAACGACGUCGACUAAGCGGAGCUCUGGUGGGAUCAGAAUUUCAAGGAAUUUAUCACGCUCAGAAUGGCACAUAAAGAGAUAUACUAUUCAGAUAAAUAUUUUGAUGAUACGUAUGAGUAUAGGCAUGUGAUGCUGCCCAAGCAGAUUGCUAAGUUGGUCCACAAGGGCCACCUGAUGACUGAAGCGGAAUGGCGGAGCCUUGGAGUGCAGCAGAGCCAAGGAUGGGUUCACUACAUGGCCCACGAACCAGAGCCACACAUUCUCCUCUUCAGAAGACCACACAACAAACCCCUCUCAGAAGUACAGAAUAUGAUUCAAUGAUGAACAGGAUAGCCAAGCCCCCUUUCCCCUACCUUUCUACGGGCCCCUCCCGCAAUCCAUGAUGCCCUUACUUGGUUCAGUUCCACCUGGUUUACACUUGUAAAAUGUAAAUGUUAAAGCAAUCUUGUACAUAUUAAUGACCUUAUUUCUACACUGUCCAGUUCGGAUGGUACAUGUACAUGUAGUCUAGCGUAGUUAGUCAGAGUUGAACCAUAGAACUUUUCUCAAAUCACAGAAAUUAUUUAUUCCAUUUAUGACAAAUAUGUGCUACCCUUGAUUAGAUCAGGAUCAUUUAUCAUAUCUAGCUUUUGAUAUUGUUUACCAUGUUCAAAUAUUUAAUGUAACAUUUAUACGGGAAGUGUUAACUUACAUGUAAGUUGGGGAAAGAGAAGCACCAAGACAAGGUCAAACACUACCCAGAAUGAGUGUCAUGGUAACACGUGAGUUUCAUUUUCAAUUUUACGCACAUUGCAAAGCAAGCAUGGCCCUUUAUUCUUUACCUUGACUCCCAGAAUCCCAGAGGAAUAACAGCCCUGACCGAUCCCAUAAUGAGCCAGAUCGAUAUUCCACGAGCACAUGGCCACAAUGAAGUACCGGUAUAUGGUAUGCCCAGUAAGUGAAGCUCUACGUAGACAUGCAUGCUUGCUUGGUUUCAGAACCAAGCAAGUCAUGUUGAAAUACCCAACUGGCUCAUUGUGUAGUGAUCAAGGACCCUUUGUUCUCCUUACUGUGAGUUCAACUUCGAGUGCCCAGAAGGGGUUACAUGUACCAGUGUCCAUGGUCUAACGAAGACUUGAAAUCCAAGACAGAGGAGAGGGCACAGCACAUAUACAUGUACAUGUAGGUGUCCAUCUUCUGUACAUGAGUACAGUGAAAUUCCAUAAAUUCCCAAAGAUGAACUGUGUCUUUGCCACAGGCCCAGUUAGUGGAUUUCUUUACUUCAUAGUUAAGCAUGUAUAGUCAUUUCAAUCUGGAGAGAUGAUUGGAUUUGGUUGCACAGAAUUGUUACAUGUACUGUACAUGUACGUGUACUGUACUGGUUUUUUGUAUCACAUAUAUUUCAUUCAGUUUCGUAUACAUGCACUCUGUAACUUUGCUACAGUGCCAGAUUUUAUAUAAAAAUGGAUCAUUCAAAUUCUAAUAAAGUAUGUGACAGGAAAGGUAUUUCAUAUAUGUCAUCUUUGAGUAAAUGCUUAGUUUUUGUAAAUCAUUUGAUUAAAUCCUGGAAAUGUCAGCAGAAACAGCAGGGAGUAACACAUGAAAGAAAUGCUUAUCAAGUACAGGUACCGGUACAUGUACAUGUAUGACAUUGUGCACGAGUCCUCCAUUUUAAGCAACUUGUCCUAUACAGUGUACCAGGUACAGUACAUGCACUUUUAUCUGUACCUCAGUGGUUGAAAACCUCAUCAGAUACCCCUCCUGUGCAAAGACACAUUCUUGACACAGUUGUCCUAUCAGUCAAAACCAGUCGAAUUUCCCACAUGUGUCUCUGUACUGGGGGAAUCAAGUGGCAAGGAUUUUUGCCUCUUUUUUUUGUGACGGUUACAGCAAAGGAGGUGUAUAUACUGUACAUGGUACUUACAUGUACAUGUACAUUGCACAUACAUGUACAUGUAUCCAUCCAGUAAAUGUUGGUAUCUUAUCACCAAUAUUCAAAUGUAGCAAAUUUCCUUCUGAUUUUCUUUGCUUGGCUUGAAAGAAAUUUUUUCAUAAACUGAAUUUCAAAGCUAUUACAGGUAUGCAGCGAUAUGUAUUUACAUGUACCUGUACUUUCAGAGAAAACAAGUUUUUGACUGGAUUGACAUCAGAAAGUACAAAUCUUCUCCUUCAACUCUUAAAUUCAUUGUAUGGCUGCACACUAACAAGUGAUAAUUUGUGUCGGCAUAUUUGACAGUACAAAGCCAAAAGGAACUAAAUUGCACAGUGUAUGCAUUUGGUCCAUUAUUCAUUGGUAAGGAUUGCUUCACUAGUGUGCAGUAACAACUCAAUAUUUUUGCAGCAUCCUAACAUCUCCAAUGCACUGCAGAACUGGAGCACAGACGUAGUACUUGGCCAUUUCAUUUUUGUUCAAUUGGAAGGAAAUGAUACUCUUAGUAUAGUGACAGAAAAUGCUGCAAACAACUGUUUCCUCAUUUUUUUUUAGUCUCCUGUUCAUUGUAACAUCUGUUCAACAUUUGUCCUUUUGGUACAUGUACAAUAUGUGUGCCAAUUUGAUAUUGUAAUAUAAGCACCAGCCUUAUUUGAACAGUAUUGUUCAUUUGCAAGAACUGUGCUAUAUGUACAUUGCAAAUGUUUUUGUGUCUUAAUAAGCUAAAGGUGUUGUAUUUGUUCAAAGACUUAUACCCAAGUCUUGUGCGAAAUGCUGUGAUCGGGAGAUCUUAGUGUGCCUCAGGGUUACAUGUAUUAAGGUUCAACGUAACAGAGCAGUGAUAUGCCAUCAAAGUGAAUGGUUUUUCCAUUGCUAACAUUUUGUACAUCUUCAUUUGUAAAUGGAAGAAAUGUUUUGUGAUUAAAUAAAUUGCGUAAACCUAGUCGUUUCAUGUAUCUGCUUUGAA